AUGGAUAUGAUCACCUAUUUUGUCUGGGCAGUCGCCGUCAUAGCUUGUGCGGCGUUGCUGCGCAGGAACAAGCGAAACCCACCUCUACCUCCUUGUCCUCCUGCAGAUCCAUUAAUCGGCCAUCUGCGUCAAUUCACGUUCGCUCCUCAACGUGAGCUCUUCCAGAAAUGGGCUACGGAAUACGGCGACGUCUUUCAUCUCAACAUCUUAGGGCAGAUUAUUAUAGUUGUGAACUCCCUUCAAGUCGCAACUGACCUCCUCGAGAAACGGAGCGCGAACUACAGUGACAGGCCUGCUUGUACUGCCCUGGAGAUGAUGGGCUGGAAGGCGAACGUUGCCUUUAUGCGGUAUGGCGCGAGGUGGAGGAAGCACAGAAAACUUUUCCAAGAGUACUUUGGCCAGAGUCAAAGCCUGACAUACCGCGCCCAUCAGACUGAGGAAGCGCGUAUGCUCCUGAAAGAUUUGCUCACUUCGCCGGCGGAGUUCAAGGCAUGUACGCAGAAGUAUGCUCUUCUGAGCAUCAUAGGCAUUGCAUACGGACACCAGGUAAAGUUGGAUGACGACGUCUAUGUCAAAUUUGCACAAGGCGCAAUCCACGGAGUCGAAGAAGCCGCUGCAGGAACCACGUUGCUCGACCUCUUACCAUUCCUGAAAUAUAUCCCUUACUGGCUGCCCGGAUGUGCUUCGUUUACCGCUGCGAUGAGGCGGUGGGGCCCUGCUACCAGGGGUUUAUGCGAAUAUCCGCUCAACGAUGUGCGGAAGAAGAUGGAAGCGGGGACUGCGCAGAAUUCGUUCCUUGCGUCUCACCUGGAGUGCCUCAACACGGACGGCGCCGACGAAGAAGACCUCGAGGACAUCAAGGGUGCCGCUGCGACGAUACUUACAUCCUCGCUCAUCCAGAGUUUCCUCCUGUUCAUGAUGCUGUUCCCCGACGUGCAGCGCAAGGCGCAGCAAGAGAUUGACCAAGUCGUCGGCUCCGGGCGGCUCCCAGACUUCGAAGACCGCGAUACGCUGCCAUUCGUAGAAUGCGUACUCCAGGAGACCAUACGAUGGUACCCAAUCGCUCCGUUCGCUAUUCCUCACCGAAGUCUCGACGACGACAUAUACAACGGAGUGCUUAUUCCGAAAGGCUCUGUAAUCAUACCUAACGUGACGGCAAUGAGCCGCGAUGAGACAACGUACAAAGAGGCAAACAAGUUCCUCCCUGAGCGCUUCCUACCGGCUCCUGUCGGUCGCGGCGAGCCGCACCUCAGCGUCAUCUUUGGGUUCGGUCGGCGGAUCUGCCCUGGGCAGUAUUUUGCGGACAACAGCGCAUGGAUCGUCAUCGCGAGCGUCCUCGCGGCUUUCGACAUCUGCAAGCCCGUUGGAGCGGACGGGAUAGCAGUUGAGCCCCACAUGGAGUACACCACUGAUGGGAUUGCAAGAUCUCUGCUCUUUGUCGUGCAGCCGUCCGAUGCCUUUCAAGUGUGUUCUGCGACCGCACUCAGAGACGGCGAAGGCGCUGGUUGA